GCGCGGCUCGCAGUGUGUCGGGACGCUCUGCAGACGCGGUUUGUCGAGCGAACUGUCACUGGAACAACAUUUAAAAGCAACUUCGGUGUAUUACAGAGCUUUAUUUUUCACAUCCACGAGCCGAUACAGAAGCAGUUGUCCAGACUCGAGCAUUUUCGCCAGUUUUCCGCUUUUCCUGGAGAUGUGUGGUUUGGAGAAGUAGGAGCGGACGGCGCUGCACACUGAAGCCGGGAUGAGUGGGAGCUCAGCGGUCUCCGGCGCGGCGCCCUGCCGCUUCGCCCACUACUUCGCCGUUUGUGGGAUAGACACGGAAACUGGACUGGAACCGGACGAGUUAGCAGCUUUGUACCAAUGGCUAGAGGCAGACCGCCAAGGCAGGGAUCCUGAUACCGCAGCCACAGGUGAAAAUUUCGAGCAGAGUCCCCUGAAGAGGACGUUCAAGUCCAAAGUUCUGGCACGCUACCCUGAGAAUGUGGAGUGGAACCCCUUCGACCAGGAUGCCGUCAACAUGCUGUGUAUGCCUAAAGGCCUGUCGUUCAGGACGCAGGCAGACCAGCAUGAUCCACAGUUCCACUCCUUCAUCAUCACAAAGGAGGACGGCUCUCGGACCUACGGCUUCGUCCACACCUUCUACGAGGAGGUGACCAGCCCGCAGAUCUGCUCUGCCAUGCAGACCCUCUACCAGAUGCACAAUGCAGAGCACGCCUCCGCCAACCCCCCUUCCUCCUCUUCCUCCUCCUCCUCCUCCAGCAUGGACUCUCUUGCCAGCAGUUUAGACGAGGCGGACUCGCCCACCUCGUCGUCCUCCUCAUCCUCAUCUCGCAGGGCGGGUGGCUAUGACUCAACACGGGACACCCUCUACGUGUCCAAGGCCUUGUGUCUGAUCACGCCCAUGCCCUUCAUGCACGCCUGCCGCCGCUUCCUGUCGCAGCUGCACAGGGCUGUUACUGCAGCCACUGCCCCCCCGCUGCCGCUGGAGAGCUACGUUCACAACAUCCUGUACGAGGUGCCGCUGCCUGCCCCGGGACGCUCGCUCAAGUUCCACGGCGUGUACGAGCCAAUCGUUUGCCAGAGGCCCGGGCUGGGGGAGCUGCCGCUGGCCGACUUCCCCCUCGCAGAGGCCUUCAGUCUGCUGGGAGUGGAGAACCUGGUCCAGGUGUUCACCUGCACCCUGCUGGAGAUGCAGAUCCUCCUGUACUCACAGGACUACCAGCGCUUGAUGACGGUGGCUGAGGGCAUCACCACCCUGCUGUUUCCCUUCCAGUGGCAGCACGUCUACGUUCCCAUCCUGCCCGCCUCUCUCCUCCACUUCCUGGACGCUCCUGUCCCCUACCUGAUGGGUCUGCAGUCCAAGGAGGGCACCGACCGCUCCAAGCUGGAGCUUCCUCAGGAGGCCAACCUGUGUUUUGUGGACAUUGAUAACCACUACAUCGAGCUUCCAGAGGACUUUCCCCACUUCCCCAACAAGACUGAGUUCAUCCAGGAGCUCAGUGAGGUUCUGUUUAGCUUUGGCAUUUCUGCCAACACAGGGGCCCCACCACGGACCCGCACCAGUCCCAGCAGCACACCUGGCAGCACCCCCUCCACCCCUGGUAGGGAGCGUAAGACUGUUGCUCUCCGGCAGCUAGAGGACGACGGGCGUAACGGCAACCUGGCAGGGGAGGAGCUGGCUGUGCUGGAGCUGCUGCAGGGGAAUGCCACCCUGGAGAGACUGCAGGCGCUGACCAAGCGUACCGGGGUGACGGUGGCCCGCGUGGAUGCCCUGAGGGCCGGAGUCAAAGCUCAGAGUUGUGAGGGACCGGGGGAACGGACGGCAGCUGAAGAGGAGGAGCUAAAGAGCGCUAAGCUGAACGUCCAGCUGAGGGAGGUGUUCGCCAGCCGAUUCACCACCAUGUUUGCAGACUACGAAGCCUUUGUCAUCCAGAGCGCCCCUGACCUGGAGUCCUGGCUGACCAACAGGGAACAGAUGCACAACUUUGACAAGGCCUCGUUCUUGUCCGACCAGCCGGAGCCCUACCUGCCCUUCCUCUCCCACUUCAUUGAGACGCAGAUGUUCGCGACCUUCAUCGACAACAAGAUCAUGUCCCAGUGGGAGGAGAAGGAGCCGCAGCUCCGCGUCUUUGACGCUCGCAUCGACAAAGCCCGCCUCUACAACGUCCGGGCUCCCAGCCUCCGAUCGUCCAGCUACCAGAGGUGCUCCAUCCUCAAGGAGUCUGCUCAGGCCAUCGAGCAGCGGCUGAUGAAGAUCGACCACACCGCCAUCCACCCGCACCUGCUGGACAUGAAGAUCGGGCAGGGCCGAUACGAGCAGGGGUACUUCCCCAAACUGCAGGCCGACGUGCUUAACACGGGGCCGACCAAUAACAAGUGGUCUCACAGGACGGCGACAACUCACAGAAGGAAAGACCGUCACAGACAGCAGACAGAGCACCUGAACCUCGACAACGACUUGAAAGAGAAGUACAUGCAGGAGGCCCGCAGCCUGGGGAAGAACCUCCGACAGCCCAAACUGUCUGAUCUGUCUCCCGCUGUCAUCGCCCAGACCAACUGGAAGUUCGUGGAGGGGCUUCUCAAGGAGUGUCGCAUGAAGACCAAGCGCAUGCUGGUGGAGAAGAUGGGCCGGGAGGCGGUGGAGCUGGGCCACGGUGAGGCCAACAUCACUGGACUGGAGGAGAACACUCUGAUCGCCAGCCUGUGUGACUUGCUGGAGAGGAUCUGGAGCCAUGGGCUGCAGGUCAAACAGGGGAAGUCGGCCCUGUGGUCCCACCUGCUUCACCACCAGGCCCGAGAGGAGAAGCUGGAGCAGCAGCAGGCGGAGUCACCAGUGUCACACGUUCCUGAGAGGAGGAAGUCCGAUUGUUCCAUUGCGAUGCCGUCUCCUCGUGUGUCUCUCAUACAGGAUAUGAGGCACAUCCAGAGCAUGUCAGAGAUAAAGACAGAUGUGGGACGAGCGAGAGCCUGGAUCCGCCUGUCCCUGGAGAAGAAGGUGCUCUCUCAGCACCUCAAACAGCUGCUGUCCGGACAAGCCUUAACCAGGAAGUUGUACAAGCGCUACGCCUUCUUGCGAUGUGAGGAGGAGAAGGAGCAGUUCCUCUUCCACCUGCUCUCUCUCAACACCGUCGACUAUUUCUGCUUCACCAGCGUCUUCACCACCAUCAUGAUCCCGUACAGAGUCGUCAUCAUCCCCAUCAAGAAGCUGAGCAACGCCAUGACCACCUCCAACCCCUGGGUGUGUGUGUCAGGAGAGCUGGGGGACUCGGGCAUCAUGCAGAUCCCCAAGAACGUCCUGGAGAUGACCUUUGAUUCUGCUUUCAGGCCUCACACGCACAUCUCCGCCUUGUUCAAGUGUCAGAACCUGGGGAAGCUGACCACCGUGCAGCUGGGUCACGAUAACGCUGGACUCCUGGCUAAAUGGCUGGUGGACUGUGUCAUGGUGCGCAAUGAGAUCACAGGACACACCUACAGGUUUCCGUGUGGUCGGUGGCUUGGUAAAGGCGUGGAUGACGGCAGCCUGGAGAGGGUCCUGAUCGGCGAGCUGGUGGUGCCCUGCGGAGAGGAGGAUUCUGGGAGAGGCUGUCGUACUCCCCCGCUGCAGCGCUCGCCGUCCCAGACCAGACGCAUCAGCAUCACGUCUCUCUCUGGACGAGGACACAAACCGACUUCAGCCCAAAUUCAAGAGGCCAUCGGGGAGGCUGUGAACAACAUCGUCAAACACUUCCACAAGCCGGAGAAAGAGAGGGGCAGCCUGACCGUCCUGCUCUGCGGCGAGAACAGCUUGGUGGCAGCUCUGGAGCAGUUCUUCCACCACGGCUUCAAGUCUGCCCGCCUCUUCCAGAAGACGGUGUUUGUGUGGGACUUUGUGGAGAAGGCUGUUGCCUACAUGGAGUCAGCUGACCAGAUGGGAGACCUUCAGGAGACCGCCGAGCCCCUGGGGAUGACCUGUCAGUCUCUCUGUCACUAUGUCAAUGCAAUCAACUCCACCCCCAGGAACAUCGGCAAGGAUGGGAAGUUCCAGCUGCUGGUCUGCCUCGGAGCCAGAGAUCGUCUGCUGCCCCAGUGGCUCCCCCUGCUGGUGGAGUGCCCUGUGAUCCUGCGGAUGUACGAGGACGUGGCCCUGCUCAGAGACCGCACCACUGUCAACGCCCUCAUCGGAGUCCUGGAGACACUCCAUGACUUCCCCAUCACACUGGAAGCCUCGCUGGUCAAAGGCAUCGACCUUUAGCCCUGAGGAUGGACCACUGAGCUCUCACUCAGCUCUGCAUUUUCCUUCACAACCUCUCCUCACUACCACCAACUUCUACCGCUCCUCAGCGUAAAGCCAGUUAGCUCUGGGAUUGGACACAAGGAAGGAGGACGUGAGGGACAAGGUUUGGUUACCAAAGCAAAAAAUUCCACUGUUUGAUGAGAGAAGUCAGGGCUUUGGAUCAACCAUAAACUUGGAUGCAGUGUUAUCACCCCACCUGUGGUCCUGAGAGACCUUUUUUAAUUCAAUUACAACCAGUGCUUAAUCAUGUUUUACUCCAUUAACUACAAAUCCUAAAUACUUUACAUGACAUUACAGUUUUCCAGCAUUUGUUUUCUGGGUGAUUUUCUACCUUCCAGUUAGCCACUGGUUUCACUUUUUUCAUAAAACUUAAAACCCACCUGAAGCAACAUAUAGUUCACUGGAGAAAUGUAAUCCAUCACAGUAUUUUAUAUUUUUCUUAUUGCUGAGAAGUCCCAUGAAAAGAUCCAAACCAACACUGUGUUAGUCCGUCUCUCAAGAUGCUCAGCUCCAAGCUCAUUGGUUCUUACUAAGAUAGAAAUCUUCAAAAACACAACACACAAAUAUAUUUGUUUGGGACUAUUUUCAGUGGUGGAUUAAUCCAUAUUUACGACAGCAGGACGGUGUAUAUCAUGAUAAACUACAGUGUGUACAAUGGUGGUGAUGAUGGAACAUGGUCACCCAGCGCCACAGUGUGGCUUGGAGAUGUGUUUCUACACAGAGGAAGAAGAUAGAUGAAAUAGCUGUCAGUAGGAUCAAUGAAUUGUUGGUUUGGGUCAUUUUGGAGUUUUGAGGACUACAAGAAAACAUAGAAUAUCACCAGACUUAUUCUUUAAAACACACCAAUGAAACAGUCGCUCUCCUCUGCAUGAACAUGAAGUGAAACAGUGGCUGCCUGGAAGGAAGCAAGGAACUCGAUCUAUAGAAUUUGCAGUACACUUGCCGGCAAAUUGCCGACAGUAAUACACACUGAUGUGAAGAUAAACAGGCUAAAAGAUUGCAAAACCACUGGUGUGGUUCUUUAAUUUUUCAGCGACAGCACCAUACUCACUUGCCUGUGUGCCGGCUGUGCAGCCUCACCCUCCCUCAGCAGGUAUAACUAGAUAAACUGUGAUUAAUUCUCUUUCCUCACCUGCAACUGGCAGUUAUAACGCCACUGUCCCCACACCCUAGUUACCGUUAGCAUUAGCAAGCAUGCCUGUGGGAUGUGGAAAGAGGAGAGCACCUCAGGAAGAGACUGAGCGAUUGCUGACACACUGGAACGAGGAUUAUGACAAAGGAGGCGAUGGAGAUCUGCUCUAUAACCUCCAGACAGAGUCACCAGCUCUCCAUUCCUUCCUUUCUUUUAAUUUGCUACAUUUUGUCGGGCAUUUUCUCCUCUUUUAGCCUGGGGAGGAACACAAAAGCUGAUCUCAGUGAUGUGGUUCAGAGAAACUGUGACUGCACGGACAUUCCUACCAAACUACAGGCAUCGACCUGGCUGUUUUAAAUGCUGUGUCCAAGUGUGUUUGGGCUUGAGUGGGUCAUAUUUCAAGGAUCUAUGUUCUCUGGUGCGCGUGUGUCUCGCCAUUUAGUGCUCUGUAACACAGUGAGUGUAUCUAUGUGUGUGUGUGUGUGUGUGUGUGAGACUCAUGUAUGGCUCCAAACGCUUUGCCAAUAUCGUCACUUCAGUAGCUGCAACGGCUAAAAUGUUCAACGAAUUAACAUAAAGUCAUGUUCGACUUACUCGCUUUCCCAGAGCUUUCAGCUGCAUUGUGCUCAUUGUGUCAUGAAGUCGACACAGGUGUCAUCACAUGUGGAUGAAAGCUCUGGUGAAGGCUAGUAAGUGAACCUUGAGUUGAGAUUAAUUUCUGAAGCCAUCAUUCCCAAGGUCAAGAAUCAACUUUUAUGCGAGCGAGCAAAGUGUUCUUUCUCUAAAUUAAUGUAGUUAACACUGGAAUAGAAAUGCUAACAGCCACUUGCAUUUAGGUCUGCUUCUGGAAAACACUGAUUAGUUUAAUUAGUCCUUCCAUAGAAGUGAGUUCAGAAAGAUAAUGUACCAUUCAUGUCAUAUGAUGGGCUUUUUUUAAAAUCCUGCUUUGUGACAUCACAAAUGCUGCAGUUAGCAUGUGUUUGUGGUCGUGUGCCACAAUAUACAGCGUCUAGAGUUUUUAAAGGAAUUAUUCAACAUUAAGGGAAACGCACUCAUCAGCUUUCUUCCCAAAAGUGAGACGACAGGAUUGAUAUCAAUCUCGCGGCUGGAGUCAGGAUGCGGUUAGCCUAGCUUAGCAUGAAGACUUGCUGCAGCGGGAAACAGCUAGCCUGGCUCUGUCCAAAGUAAAAAACAAAACACACCUCUGAUCAACUGUCUAUUCAGUGGCUUCUAGUGGCUGAUUCUGGUCCCAAUACAAGCACAGUAACGGCAAACCAUGCCGAGGUGGCUAGACUCCAGGAAGUCACACCAGUCACUGUGCCUGGUUGUUGUUUGCCAAGAAAUAAUUCAAGUAUUUUGCUUCUCCUGAAACUAGAAAGACUUGUAAAGAAAGCAAAAAAAUAUAGUAGCUUCAGUUGAAUAUAGGUCGAACAGGAUUUGCAAAUCAGUGCGUUCUGUUUUUAUUGUGAUUUGCACAGUGUCCUAACUUUUUUAGAGCUGUUGUAGCAUGAAAUCGAUUCAUUUGAGAUCAUCCUUGAUGUUACAAGCUAGCUGUUCAAACUGUUAAUUCCCAUAUUACAUGAACGCAACACGAUGUCUAUCAUAUACUGUAAAAAAGGGAAGAACAGGCUUUUACUUCAUUUAUGUUAUUAACAAAUUAAUUCAACUGCCUCCUCCUCCAAACACAGACAAACUACAGAUUUUUUUAUAAUUUAGGCAGCAGCCAACGGAGAUGGGUGGAAACUCUAAUAACUAUUUUUCCUCUGCUGGAUUUUUAUCCCCCCUUAAACUUUUGCUGCAUGAGAGAUUUUCCACUGUUGCCACUUACCGCCAUCUAAUUGAAUCCUUUCUGAGAAACGGUGUAAAUAUUCUCAUUCAUGCAUGUAGGCGUUUACUGAGCUGUAUUUAUUUGGAGCGUCUACAAUGAAUUCUAGAUGAGUUUUGAGGGAUCAGAAAGUGGACAUGUUUGUAGUCCCGGUUCCCUGUAGUAUUUUUGCUGUUUCCAGUAUUGAGUCGACGCAGCCUGUCAUGGUUUGUUUUGAAUGUCUUGAUUUCAUGUAUUUAUUGAUUUAGUAUUAAUCUAUGGCAGGCUGACAGCAGCACUGGUAUUUUAAGGUUGAUGAAGCCUGUGGACUGGAAACAUUCGUGUCUUGUAACCACUAUCACAUCAUGUGUUUUUAUCAUGUUUUAACCCUUUGUGCUCCUGCUGCUGUGCCCCUGAUGCCUCACCCACAGGACUAUCCACAGCUCCGCAGCACAAUAACAGAUUCCUCUCUCUCCUCCUGGAUUAGUUUGUGUACAAACUCUUUGCUGACGACUACAGGCAGACUUCUGGAGGGGGAUAUGCUUUGUGGACUAUUGGGUUCCCUCCUUAGACUGCUGCACAAUUUGGUUACUGGGUGGAUUUGUUACAUGAACAUUUCGUGUGACGAGUGCUAAUAACCCUGAGUGGUUCUGCUCGAACAGGAAAUGCAGCUGACAUCCAUGACAGCGGUGGCUAUGCAUCAUGCCAAUGGAAGAAUGCCACUGGACAAAUAGAGUGUCAUGUCUGUGGUGGACUGACUACUCUGCUCUGAUAUUUAUUAUGCCUAUUUCAAUAAAAACACCCACUGUGUUAAAGGUGUUUGUGUCUGUGUCCGUACACUACACUUCAUGCAUGUAGUGUCCAAAAGCCUGUAUGGGAUUUUAUCAGAGGUGAAAAUGUAUCACAGAUGCUACUAUAUGUAUAAGUGAUGUUUUCAAAUGUGAUCUUUGACAUUUCACAUAAUAUAACACCGUGCCCUUUUGCACAUUAAUUGGAAUUGAAUUUUUUACAUGUGAAGUGGUUCUCCAUAUUUGGUAACAUGGGAAAUGUGCUUCACAUGUCAUGGAGUCACAU